AUUGCUAGAUAUAAAGGCUACAAUCCCUAGACUAAGAAGUAGGUCUCCAGUCAGGUUAGGGAGUCUCAGCCAAUGUACACAGGGUACAACACCCUACAGCCUGCUCUCUCUCCUGGCCUCGUACAGAACAGCUUUUAGGGGAAUCAAGUUGGGAUACUCAACCUCAACUUUUUUUCCUUCUCUUCCAUCUCUCAUACAGGAAACCUUACGAAAGAGCCUUAGGGGCUUGAGAAAGCUGAGAAGACGGCAGACAUGGGAAGUGGAGCCAGUGCUGAGGACAAAGAACUGGCCAAGAGGUCUAAGGAGCUAGAAAAGAAGCUGCAGGAGGAUGCUGACAAGGAAGCCAAGACUGUCAAGCUGCUACUGCUGGGUGCUGGGGAGUCAGGAAAGAGCACCAUCGUCAAACAGAUGAAGAUCAUUCACCAGGAUGGCUAUUCACCCGAAGAAUGCCUGGAGUUCAAGGCUAUCAUCUAUGGGAAUGUGCUGCAGUCCAUCCUGGCUAUCAUCCGGGCCAUGUCCACACUGGGCAUCGACUAUGUUGAAGCAAGCUGUGUGGAUGAUGGGCGACAGCUCAACAACCUGGCUGACUCCAUUGAGGAGGGAACCAUGCCUCCCGAGCUGGUGGAGGUCAUUAAGAGGUUGUGGAAGGAUGGUGGGGUGCAAGCCUGCUUCGAGAGAGCUGCAGAAUACCAGCUCAAUGACUCUGCAUCUUACUACCUGAACCAAUUAGAACGAAUUACAGACCCUGAGUACCUCCCUAGUGAGCAAGAUGUGCUCCGAUCCAGAGUCAAAACCACGGGCAUCAUUGAGACCAAGUUUUCUGUCAAAGACUUGAAUUUCAGGAUGUUUGAUGUGGGAGGGCAGAGAUCAGAGAGAAAGAAGUGGAUCCACUGCUUCGAGGGAGUCACCUGCAUAAUUUUCUGUGCAGCCCUCAGUGCCUAUGAUAUGGUGCUGGUGGAAGAUGACGAAGUGAAUCGUAUGCAUGAGUCUUUGCAUCUGUUCAACAGCAUAUGUAACCACAAGUUUUUUGCGGCUACUUCCAUCGUCCUCUUUCUCAACAAGAAGGACCUCUUUGAGGAAAAAAUCAAGAAAGUCCAUCUCAGCAUUUGUUUUCCAGAGUAUGAUGGUAACAACUCCUAUGAUGAUGCGGGGAAUUACAUCAAGAGCCAGUUCCUUGACCUCAAUAUGCGAAAAGAUGUCAAAGAAAUCUACAGUCACAUGACCUGUGCUACAGAUACACAGAAUGUCAAAUUUGUGUUUGAUGCAGUUACAGAUAUCAUUAUCAAAGAAAACCUCAAGGACUGUGGCCUCUUCUAAUCCUCACCAUUCCUCAGGUAUAAGUUCUAUAAACAGGCUUGGAAUCUGGGUGAUUACAAACAGAAAAUUAUAGUCAAUAGACCAUGACACGAACAAUGAAUCCAUUCUUUGGAGAUGGAGUAUGCAUGGCUGCAGCUGUGUUUUAUAUAUUCUUUUCAAUGUGGGAUAGCUAGUGCAGCUUAAAGAGCACAGGCCAGUAGUUAGAAGACCCUCCCCCACUCCCAGGUUCCAGUACUGGUUUUCCAACUUAACAUAACAAUGUGAAUACUUCAUUUCUGAGUCUUGAGUCUUUCAACUAUAAAAUGAAGAUGACUUCCCUACUUACCUCACAGGGUUAUUCUAAGGAGCACGAACAUAACCAAAGGGAAGGCACAUAAAAACUGCUUGUGCAGGCUGGGCACGGUGGCUCAUGCUUGUAAUCCUGGCACCUUGGGAGGCUGAGGUGGGCGGAUCACCCGGGGUCAGGAGUUCAAGACCAGCCUGGCCAACACAGUGAAACUCCGUCUCUACUAAAAAUACAAAAAUUAGCUGGGCAUGGUAGAUGACUGUAGGAGAAUCACCUGAACCUGGGAGGUGGAGGUUGCAGUGAGCCGAGAUUGUGCCACUGUACUCCAACCUGGGUGGCAAAACUAGACUCUGUCUCAAAAACAAAAACAAAAACAAACCAUGUAUUGUGCUCAGGGUCACAGAAAUAAAUCCUAUAUAAGAGCCGCCAUGUAUUAAUUCAACACCUGGCUUUUAGAACAUACUAUUGCAACAAACUGUUCCAAGCAAAAUAGCAAGGCUUCCCUAAGUCUGCAAAAAACUAGUAUCAACCAAACCUCAAUAAACCUGAAAUUCCCCUUUUACUAAAAGACCUCUAUGUGCCUUAGCGCAGAGAUCUGGAUCACUGGAGAGAAGAUGCAAGUUUGAUAGUUUCUAAGGCACACAUCCCAAAACUAUCUUCUUUAUUAAGCACAGAUUAUCCCUCUGCCCUCAGGCUGUCAAACAGAACUUUAUCUCUACAAAUGUUUCUUAGGUAUAUAAAAAACUUCCUGAAUAAACUUAGAGGACAUCACAUACUCUCAGAGUAUUAAUGAUUGUAUUGCCGCCGCUUCUUUAUCAUAGAAUUUGGAACAAGUGAACAAUGCUAAACUUUUCAUUUCAACUGCAUGUUUCAGAAGAACCAAGACAGGUGAGCUUGUUUUAGGCACUGAAAAUCUUUGCAGCUGGGUCCAUGUGAUGGCGGAUGAAAACAACAUCUCCCCAAACAGGCCAACAAGUUAUUCCUUUGAACUCCUUUAAGGGGAAAUGAAGUUUGCAUUUAUCUUGACAGGAGGUGAUGAAGUCAUGUAUAGAUUUAGCAUUUACAACUACCACUGAGCAUAAGUUCUUGGCAACCAGAAAAUGUCAAUUGGAAAUUGCUCCUUGCCAGAAACACCCAGUCACACUUAGGCUGCUACUAGCAAUAUUAAUACUAGUGAGCCAUAUGAGCUUGAAAUAUACUGAAUAAAUUUGUAACUAUAAAAGUUAAAUUCAUUUAAUAGUCUUUCUGAUUCCCUAAAAAGUAAGCAACUUGGGAGGAGAACUAUCAGAGAAACUACUCUGGCUACUGCUGAUGAAAAAACGUAAGCCAAAGAACAAACCUGACGGGGCACGGUGGCUCACACCUGUAAUCCUAGCUUGGGAGGCCAAGGCCAGUGGAUCACCUGAGGUCAGGGGUUCAAGACCAGCCUGACCAAUAUGGCGAAACCUCAUCUCUACUAAAAAUACAAAAAUUAGCCAGGUGUGGUGGUACAUGCAUGUAAUCUCAGCUAUUUGGGAGGCUGAGGCAGGAAAAUUACUUGAACCCAGAAGGCGAAGGUUGCAGUGAGCUGAUAUCGCACCACUGCACUUUCAGCCUGGGCGACAGAGUGAGAUUCUAUCUCAAAAACAAACAAACAAACAAACAUAAAAACCCAAGAAAGACUUCUCGUAUUCAAGAGCUGUUUAGGAACUACUCUAAAUAUCAUGCUCCAGCCAUUACUAACCUGUUCACUUUAACUCAACAUAAAGGAAUUCUGAAUCUUUUUUAUCAUGGAUCCAACCAUGUACCCCUUUUCAUCAUAUUUUUAAACAUAUAAAAGUAAGAGAAUUAAAAAAAAAACUAGCAUAUGAAAUACAGUCUCUCUGUAAAUGCUCUGGAGCUCUGAAGCCCCAGGUGAAAAACCCUUACUAUACAGCUAUGAUCUUAUCUAUUCAGGACCCAAACAUAAUUUAUACCAUUUAUUCCAUCUCCAUAUAGGACAGUCCUACUUCCCUUCAAAUAGUACCAAAUUGUUGCUUAUUUUAUUAACUUUUCCUUGGUCUUUCAAUCUAGGUACAAAUUGGCUAUCAGCCAAACUAUUAGUCUAACACAGGAUCUUUGCUUGUUAAUGUUCACAUAGAACCUGCCUCCUAGUAUUAGUACAGAAGUAGAGCCAGUGGGAGAGGUCUUCUGUCAGAACAAAAGUUUCUAGCAGACUAAAACAGGGUUGUAUUUAGUCCUCUUUGGGGAUGGCUGGUAGAUAUCCCAACUUUUAACUGGUUUAUAAACAAACUUACACAAGCCACCUUGUACAAACACUUUGUAAAGAGUGCAUCUUGGAGAAUAGAGGACAAAAUAGUAGCACUUAAAGCAACAUGCUAUCGCUGUUUUUUUACUGAGGUUAGGAUCUGCCUAUAUUCAUCUUAUAUUUUCAAGCUAAAACUCUUCUGGCAAGUUUACAUGAAAUGCAACAGGAGCCCUUGAGCACUCAUUGCCUAUUACCUUAGAACAAAGUCAAAAUAAUUUUCUCAAACUCUUGGUCCAGACUGGGCUCUCCCGUGAGUAAAGGUAAGAGGACUUCACCUCAAUGCUCUUGAUAGGCUUCCAGAAAAGGCAUUCACCCUUACCCUAGUUUAACUGUUUGUCAGGCCCAACGACUGUUCCCAAAUCUUACAUUGUCAGAGUUAGAGAAAAAGUGCAUUUGUACUUCUCCGGCACAAUUAGCUUAUUUUUUAUCGCAUGGACAUUUUGAUUGUAUUCAUGAAAACUUCUUAUGUAAAACAGCUGUAAGAAAGAUUAAAACCAAAAUUAAGUAAUAUA